AGAGCUCCAUUGAUCGGGACCAGUUUUAAUCUCUCUUGUCGAGCUAGACCCUGGAGACCUUCUCCUUAACUAAUAUCUCGUAAUAAUGCUUUUCUCCUUUCCUUUUUUAAUCGAGACCAGGUCUUGGUCUUGGUCUUCCAACUUUUAUACAUACCUAAUACUUUCCCUCUCUCCCGAACCACACUCUCUUUUAAAGCCUUUCUAAUUAAUUGGCAUAUUGGGGGAAGAAAAAGAUAUUGGUAUCCAACCAUUCCAACUACACACACUCAUUAAAUACAGUUGCUCAUUCACACGCUCUCUCAUCCCGUAUUAUACCUACAUCUCUUGGAAGGAAAGGAGACACCCCUUAGUCCUGGUCGAAUCUGCUAUCGAAGGAUAUAUCAAUAAUCCGUACCACGAGAUCCUGGAGAUCCUCAACGAACCAUUACUUAAUUAAUCCAAGAUGGGUUUCUUACGGUCAGCUCUGACCAGCUCGCUGCUGCUUGCCAGCAAUGCUGCCGCGCUGGAGCCCAUUAUCAAGAAGGGUGAGAAGCUGUUCACGGAAAGCGGUAAACAGUUCUUCAUCAAAGGUGUUGCGUAUCAGCAGGAAGCCGGUGGCGGACCCGGUGGUAGCACCGAUUCCGACACCAAGUACGUUGAUCCUCUGGCGGAUGCCGACACCUGCAAGCGCGACGUUCCGCUGUUAGAAAAGCUCGGCAUCAACACCAUCCGUACCUAUGCCAUCGACCCUAAGGCCGACCACAGCGAAUGCAUGGCCUUGUUGGACAAGGCUGGUAUUUACGUCGUCGCCGACUUGGGUGAGCCCGCGCUUUCCAUCAACCGCGACUCGCCUGCUUGGAACGUCGAGCUGUAUGAGCGCUACACUGCUGUUAUCGACAACCUCGGCCAGUACGACAACGUCAUCGGAUUCUUCUCCGGUAACGAAGUCACCAACAACGCUACUAACACUGAUGCCUCGGCGUACGUUAAGGCUGCCACUCGGGACACCAAGAAGUACAUCUCCGACAAGAUGGCUAAGGGUGGCCGAUGGAUGGGUGUUGGAUACGCUGCCAAUGACGACGCCGAGAUCCGUGUCAACAUGGCCCAGUACUUCAACUGCGGUGAGGAAGAGGAAGCCAUCGAUUUCUGGGGUUACAACAUUUACUCCUGGUGUGGCAAGAGCAGCUUCACCGAAUCUGGCUACGAUGUCCAAGUUAACUUCUUCUCCAACUAUUCCGUUCCCGUCUUCUUCGCCGAGUACGGUUGCAACACCGUAAACGGCGCCGAAGGUCGUCUCUGGGACGACACGACCGCUCUGUACUCGGACAAGAUGACCGGUGUCUUCAGCGGUGGUAUUGUGUACAUGUUCCACCAAGAGGAGAACGAUUACGGUUUGGUCGAGAUUGACGGCGAUGAUGCCACCCCGAUGAAGAACUACAAGGUGCUGCAGUCCAAGCUCGCUGAUGUGAAGCCUUCGUCGACUUCCAUGGCCGCGUACAACCCUACCAACUCUCCUGCCGCAUGCCCUGCCGUCUCUAAGAACUGGAAUGUCGCCGAUACCGCGCUCCCCCCUACCCCUGACAGCAGCUUGUGCGACUGCAUGUACAAGUCCAUGUCGUGCAUUCCUUCGGAUGACCUGGAGGAGGAAGACUUUGGCGCCAUCUUCGGCUACGUUUGCGCAAACGAUGCCGAGGCCUGCGCUGGCAUCAAGGCUGACACCAAGACUGGUGUCUACGGCCCUUACAGCAUGUGCAACCCCAAGGAGCAGCUCGCCCAUGUCCUAAACAGCUACUACACCAACCAGAACAAGGCUUCCACUGCCUGCAGCUUCAAAGGACAGGCCCAGCUUGUUUCCGGCACGGACGAUGCCUCAUGCAAGGAUGCGCUAUCGAAGGCCAAUGCUGCAGUCGCAGUCGCAGCCACUGCUACCACCGCAUCCGACGCUGCCGCUUCCACCGGUGGCAGCUCCACUGACGAGAGCGGUGCCACUUCUAUCCGUGCCGCGUCGGUCAUGGGUGAUAUGGCCGUCAGCCUUUAUGCUCUCGUAGCCUUGGGUGUUGGUGCUGGUAUGGUUAUGCUAUAAGGAGUUGAUAGACAUUCUGAACAUAUGCCAUUAUGAUGUUUUG